AGAGCAGACUGUACCUAUGUGCUAACCAGCAGCACGCUGCACAGCCCUGAGCCCUGCUGUUCUUAGAAACUGUUCAGCUGUGAAAACAAGGCCACAUCUGAGCGGAGGCAGCCUCCUCUUGAGUGAGACAGGAGCUUCUUGGGACCUCUUUCAGUGAGUCGAAGACUUGUGUGUAGUUGCUGUUUUAGAGGCAUGGAGUUGCUUCUGGUAUACUUAUCUUGUUUGCUGGGAAUGCUGUGCAUAGGGUAUGAAUGCUGAGACUGUAGCAAGUUUGAAAACACGUCAGUAUUUUGCUGUUUGGGAUAUUAAAGGGAACCUGCCUUGGGGAUAUUUGUUGUGAAGCUGCUGAAAUACCUGCCCCUGUUGCUUGGGAUACUGGUAUAGAGUAAAAGACUGCUAAAGCUGUAGGUCAGCUUUUCAAUUCCUGUCUUUACAACUGGAGAUAAGGAGUGCUACAAUCUCCUGCUCUUCGCUUGCCGGCACUAAGAAUGUCUCCACCAUCAGGCUCAGCCAUCUGUGACCUGUUCUGUGUGCAAUAGUGUGAGCAGCACACUGCCUCCUCCUCCAGCAUCAUCCCUCUGGCCUCUCACCCUGCUGGGGAGCCCAUGGCAGCAGGGCAUUGAGCAGAGCUUGCUGUGUGCUUUCUUUCACUAACUCUGGAAAGACGUCAACUUGGUUCACAGCAGUAAAUGGGAUUCAGUGGUGUUGAUGACUCCUGAUUUGGUGUGUAAUAAUCCCACUGAUUUAUUCUCUUUCUAGGUGCUGUGACAAUGGAGCUAAGCUGCACUGAAGUUCCUCUUUAUGGACAGGUGACUAUAAGUGCAAAAUUUGACAAAGGCAUUCACCUCCCGGAAGAUGCUGAGUUCUACUUCAUUUAUGAUGGAUCCAUGAAGAGGCACAUAAUGUUUGCUGAGCGUAUUGGUGACAAUGCUCUUCAGUCCCUUGUUCCAGGCCAUGGAUGCCAGGAAGCAGUCUCUGUCUCUGUGUUAAUGUACGCAAGGGGAUCCUCACCUGUGGCCCUUGGCAGCUGUCCUGUCACUUACAGGGAGAACUUGUCUUGCAAGUUGUCUCGUUUUCUGGUCAGUCACACAGAAUGUGUUAGUGCCACGAGUCACAAGGUGCUACUGGAUAAAUUUGGGCUAACAGUAAAAGAUCUGCAGUCCCUGGAUACUGAUUUGACGAUGGCCAUUGCUCACGAAGAAUUGCCAUCAACGUGGAGCAUCCUCGGAAGCUGCUAUGAUGGAGAGCCUAUGCACAAAGAAACUCUUCUCCAUCUUGCAAUGAAAUUGGGCUUGGUUAAACUUUCUGAGUUCUUAGUGGGCCAGCCUGGAGGGACAUUGGCAUUAGCACUACCUAAUGAGGAUGGAGCAACACCGUUAGACUUGGCUGAGCAAAAUGGGCACUCCAAACUGGUUGAAGUCUUCUCAAAUUUCCAGGGCAGCCGCUCGCCUGAUGUUGCCAGAGUGGAGAUCAGCGAGGGGGCCUGCAUGCGCUUUGUGCGCUCAUCAGCAGCUCUGACACUGACGCUGGACCACACGGCCAAGCACUUACUGGAGUCAGAUGUGAGGCUCUUCAGGAAGUACUUCUGGAACAGGCCGCUGCUCCAUGAGAGUAUCAAUUCAAACCAGCUUGAGCCAGUGGAAGAUCCAGAAAUGCACUGCAGCACAACGAGCUCUGUAGAAGGUCCUGUGAGCUUGGCAUCUGAUGACUUGUCCCAGGAUGAUGUGAAGCCUUUCCAUGGUGCUGUCGUUCCUUCUAAAGAAAUUGAAGAUAAUAUCCUGUUAGACAUAGCACAGGGACAUUCUACCCUUGAUGUUUUUAAGAAGCUGAAAACUCCACCUACUUUCUUCGCUGCAGCUAGACUUUCAACUAUGCUGAAUGGAAGUGAUGAAGUCUAUGCAAACUGCAUGCUAGUAGACCAGGCUGAAGAUUUAAAAAUGAACUACAUUCAUGGAGAUAGUAUUAGCAGUGAAACGUGUCUGAAUCCCACUAGCUCAGCUCCAGUAGCGAAGAGCUCUUCAUCUCAUUCCCUUGAGGAGAAUGACCAGUAUAGAUGUGAUCCAAUUGAAGGAAAUCGGAUGUCAGUGAAAAAUGAAGGAAAUGCAGGCUUAAGACCUACUGUUUCACCUUCUGAUCUGCAUGAAGCAGUUUCCUAUCUUCCAUUCAAGACAAAUGAGUUUAUUAAGGAGCAGAGCCAACUUCAUGUUGUUAUGAAAAAGAAGAGUUCAAGUCUCGAUGACCUUGAAGUAAACAGCAGAAGUGAAAGUAUUUCAGAUAGAUCCAAUAUACCCUACCCUCUUCUUGAACAUCCGGAGGUGAAGGCUUGUAGCAGAGAUGGAUUAGACCCUUAUGAGAUGAGCAUCAGCCGGACAGAAUCACUACCCUUAUCUAUCAGUCCACAGCCCAAGGAAUGCUCACCCUCUGGAAUUCGGUCACGCUCGUAUUCCUGUUCCUCCCCUAAAGAUUCAUUGGGAAGACCUCGCAUUCCUCAGGACUUCACAGUCAGUGAUUCAAGUGAAGAUGGUGUUCCCAUGAACAGUGGCCGAUCCCUCCUUCAGGCUCUGUCACUCUCUAAGUCAGUGUCCCUGCUCCACCCCAGUAAACGAGCAUACAGCUUGCCCGAGCACUCCCGAGAGAAAAGGAUUCAGGAGGAAGAAUGGGAUAAGUAUAUUGUACCUUCAAAAACAGAGUCUGAAAAAUACAAAGUGAGUCGGACUUUCAGCUUUCUGAUGAAUAGAAUGACUAGCACACGGAAUAAGUACAAGACAAAAAAUAAAGAUACCAAAGACAAAGAGAAGCUGAACAGACAUAAUUUUAUAAAUGGAACCUUCUCUGGAAUUAUGCCAUGUAUGGCCUGUGAAAAGGCCCUCCUAGGAAAAGAGUCACUGCAGUGCUCUUAUUGCAAUGUGAUUGUGCAUAAGCAUUGUAAGGAGUGUGUCCCUGUGUGCACUAAGAAAUCCCAGGAGAGGUACCAUAGCAAAAGCAAAUCUCAAGUUGGCAUAGGAAAUUUGUCAUUUGGAGACAUUUCACAACCUGGGAUUUUGUCAAUGCAUCCUUCUUCCUCUGUACCUAUUGGACUAUCUGCUGGGAGGAGGGAAGCCUUGCAGCAGUCCCAUUCCUUGUCCAAAAGUGUCCCUGGUACCAGUUUUGAAAGAAGAUCUAUGCCAUUUCCUGAGCAGGACUCUGAGGCGAGCACAUGGAGGACCAAGUCAAGAUCUGAAGAAAUGUUACAGGCAUUAGGGACAUAUUCUUCAAUGGAUUCUUUUGUGAUGGAAGUUGAGGUGGAUUCAUCUCAGUGGACUGACAUCAGUUCAGAUGCACAGGAGUUUGAGGCUGAAUCAUGGAGUCUCGUUGUGGAUCCGAUGUUCUGUAACAAGCAAGAAAAGGAUGUUGCCAAGAGGCAGGAUGUCAUUUUUGAGCUGAUGCAAACAGAAGUGCAUCACAUCCACACCCUCUACAUUAUGUCUGAAAUAUUCAGGAAGGGGAUGAAAGAAGAACUACAGCUGGACCACAGCACGGUGGACAGAAUAUUCCCCUGCUUAGAUGAGCUACUGGAGAUCCAUAGGCAGUUCUUUUUCAGAAUGAGGGAGAGGCGGCAGGAAUCGUGUGAGGAGGGGAAUGAGCGUAAUUUUGUAAUCAGCAGAAUUGGAGAUAUCCUUGUGCAACAGUUUUCAGAAGAGAAUGCAAAUAAAAUGAAGAAAAUAUAUGGAGAAUUUUGCAGCCAUCAGAAAGAAGCUGUUAGUCUCUUCAAAGAGUUGCAACAAAACAAGAAGUUCCAAAAUUUUAUUAAACUGAGGAACAGCAAUUUGUUGGCACGCCGCCGAGGAAUCCCAGAGUGCAUUCUGCUUGUUACUCAGCGAAUCACCAAAUACCCUGUUCUAGUUGAAAGGAUAUUGCUGUACACAAAAGAAGGAUCAGAGGAACAUAAAGACCUAUGCAAAGCCCUUCGUUUAAUUAAGGACAUGAUUGCAGCAGUAGAUUUGAAAGUUAAUGAAUAUGAGAAAAGGCAAAAACUGACGGAAAUUCUCAACCGAACUGAAAACAAAACAUAUACAAAACUGAAAAGUGGACACAUUUUUAGGAAGCAAGACUUGAUGGGGAAAGAGAGGAUACUUCUUCAUGAAGGUUUAGUAUACUGGAAAACAGCUACUGGUCGUUUCAAAGAUACCCUAGCUCUGCUUCUAACUGAUAUGCUGCUGUUCUUACAAGAAAAAGAUCAGAAGUACAUUUUUGCAGCUGUUGAUCAGAAGCCUUCAGUCAUCUCUCUUCAGAAGCUUAUUGUAAGAGAAGUAGCCAAUGAAGAAAGGGGGAUGUUUCUGAUUAGUGCUUCAUCUGCAGGACCUGAGAUGUAUGAAGUUCAUACAAACUCCAAAGAGGAGCGUAACAGCUGGAUGAGGCAUAUUCAAGAUGCAGUAGAAAGUUGUCCAGAGGAACAAGAAGAAGGAAAAAUGGGUGAAUUUGAUGAGGACAGACGUAUCGCUGAGGCUAAAGCAUGCAAAAUUCAGAAAUGUCAAGAAUCACUGAGUAACCAGGACCAGCAAAUCUGCAGUUGCUUGGAAGACAAAUUGCAUAUCUAUGCAGAACUAGUAGAUAUGAGUGGAUUUGAAGAUGUUCAUGUAGAACCUCACCUCCUUAUCAAACCUGAUUAUGGAGAAACUCCACAAGUUGCUUCGUUGCUGGUAGCAGCACUCAGAGAAGUUGAAAGUCUCCGUGUUGCUGUCACAUCAUCACAAGUGAAUGAAACGGACAGAUCAUCAGAGGAAAAUACAGAGGAAUUAAGUUUGAAGCACAGACUUAGUGCCAGUGAAAUCUUGGAGUCUUUCCCUAGUGAUGCAGAAAUGAAGGAAGUUGAAGAAUCACCUGAAGUUGAUCUCAGUGCUUGCCCUAUUGAAAAGGAAAUUUCUGAUGCCAGUGUGUACUAUAAGGAAGGAAGUAUGAGUUUCUCAGGAUCUACAGGGACAGAGAUUGUACAAGCAAUCCAGAAUCUAACUCGUCUCUUGUACAGCAUACAGGCAGCAUUAGCUAUCCAGGACAGCCACAGAGAGCUCCAUAGGUUACUCCUGCAAGAGAAUGAGAAGACCAGUCGUAGCCAUAGUUCUCGGAUACCCCUCUCCCUGGAACCAGAAAAAUACCGUAAUUCAGAAAAACAAAGGGAGGAGCUGGCAAACAUCAACAAACUCCAGCAGCAGUUCCAGCAAGAGCAGCAGCGCUGGCUGCGUGAAUGCGAGCAGUGGCAGCAAGAGCAGGAGGUGAGGGCAGGCCUGUUGGAGCAACGGGAGCAGGCCUGCAGCUACCAGGAGGAGCUGCUGGAGAAGAGCCGCCAGGGGCUUGCACUGCAGUUGCAGGAGUUCCAACAGGGCCUGGAGAGGUUGCAGGAAGGGCAGAAACUUUUGGAGAAAAAAAGGGACAGUAUCAAAAUGCAGAAGAAACUCCUCUGGCACUGGAAGCAUGGUCUCCAAAGCAACCUGUUGCUGCCCACAGGGAGCCAUGAGAUAAUGGGACACGAUCAGUUGGAUAGCUUACAUGGUGAAAAUGCAUUCUACUUAAAUGAAGCUGUAGUACGCGUGUCUCUAAGUGGCCUCAACAGAUCAGAUUCUUCUCUUGUUUAUGAAGAUGUUGUGUAUGGGCUGGGCAUCUCAAACUCGGAUAUGGCAAGGACUUGUGAAAAUCAGGUGGACCUCAGGGUGGAUACUUCUUGUCAACCAGCGUUGACCAAUGAACUGUGGAAGUCCACUGGCCCUUACCAGCAGAUGUCUUUCUCCUCCAAAAGCAACAAGGAUGCUUUUAAUAAUGAUUUAAAUGCAUCACAGAUCCAGGGUCCCCAGGCAGACAGUCCAAACCAUGGAUCCAUUCAGCCACCACGAGUGGAAGCGCUGCUGCUGAACCACCAGCCUGAGAGCCCGCAGGAUGCAGAAAGUGGAGAUGGAGGGGAGGAGAAUAUUGUUUACCUCUGAUGGCUCACUGUCUAAUUUCAAUAGCACUUUGGAAAUAUAAUUGUGUUUGGUUUUCUAAAUGUUUGUAGUUACUCUCUGUAUGACCAAGUGGCUUUAAGGAUAGUAUUUAAUACCCAAUGCAAGAUUUUUCCAAUGAUAAAUUUAACAAUUAAGUUAUUUUGGAGCCUUUUUUAUAAUCAUUAAUUUAUGAUGUGAUUUCAAAUGCUUUGCAAGAAGCCGUGGGUAGCAAGGGAGAUGUAGCAUUUUGAAAUUGCUAAGAUGCCACCAAGAGCGAUGAAUGUGACUGUUCCAUUUCUCUGGAAUCUUCUUUUGAAAAGGGCAAACUAAGAGAGAUGAGCCUGCUGUUUGGGAUUUCAGGGUAUGGAUCAGUAGCCUAACUAUAGAGAUACUAUGUGAAAAGACAGCAACUAGUGAAUUAUAACUAUAAUCUCUUCUGAAAUGUGUGCUAUGUACCCUUAAUUAUUGGGCUGUUUUUCUUAUCCGUUGGCUCAGCAACUGCUUAGAAGGGGAUGUUUUUUAUGGUAUCAGUGUAAUUGCUAGUAAGUGUUUGUUCAUGUCCCAGAGCUUAUCACCAUUUUGGUACUAUUGCCAAGCUCUGUGCAGAGAUGCUGUUAUGUCAGUUUGUUACUGUAUUGUAACUUAUUUCAGUAUGUGCUCUCAUGCAUUAAAAUUUAGCGGAUGAAACUCUGCUGGUCAAAAGAAGAAAUAGGGGAUAAAUAGAAUCAUAGAAUCAUGUAAUCAUAGAAUCAUAGAACUGUAGAAUCAUAGAAUCAUUGAAUGAUGUGGGUUGGAACUUAAAAAACACCUACUUCCAACCCUCUUGCGAUGGGCCGGGCUGUCACCCACUAGAUCAGGUUGCCCAGGGCCCCGUCUAACCUGACCUUGAAUGCUUCCAGAGAAGGAGCAUCCACAGCUUCUCUGGGCAAAAUAGUGGGCUUUCAGUUUAAUCGAUCCCUUUGGAAACUGCUGCUUUCCCGUGUGGGAGCCAGCUAGCUUCCUGCAUUCAGGUUUAUGGGAUCAUCAGCACUAGGUAGUAAGAAACGGGGCCUGUUUUAUACCUUUUUGUCUUUCAGAAAUAUCUGUAUAAUUUCACUGAAUUUAAUAAAUGCUCCACACACCUUUCUGCAAAACUGUAACUCUGUUGCAAUGCUGGGUCUUCCAAAGAAAUUUGAAAAUAGGAGGAAAAAACUUAAUUCCCCUUAUCCACUUCCUGUCUUGGUGCAGUGCUGCCAAAACUGCAUUCCAGGCACCUCAGCUGGUAAAACCAGGAGCAGGCACAUCUUGAAGCAACAUGGAAGGAACACAGCUGUGCCGCCCUGGGUUAGCUCAUGGCUUAUGGCACAGGGGAGUGCAGGGUUGUUUGUAUAGAUAUGAAGCAAAGCUUUGCAUGUGCAAGAUCUGCAAGGAGUGCAAGCUUGGGUACCAGAUGUUUGUCAGCAAGGGUUUCUUGUUGUGGAGGCUUCUUUUCCAAGGCUGUUGUGCUGUUUGAGGACAUUCAAAAGCAGUGCUUUCUGAGUCGUUUCUCCCUGUGCUGUCAGAAUAGCUGCUUGGUUGGUGUCUUGGGCUAGCAGUGGAGCAACCGACAUUUCCUGUGAAUAGAUCCUGUUUCCCAGAUGCUGUUAACUGGUGUGCCAGUCUCACUGUGGAAAGAUCAGGCCUGCAAGUGUAUUUUUCAGUUUUGAUUUCCAGCCUUCAAGGCUCCUGCUCACCUGCACUGCUUUGGCAUCUCUGUAUGAGAAACAAAACAAAACAAAACAAAACAACAAAACACCAUUCUAGAAUUUCAGAAAGUAUUUUAUGUUCUUUCCAUUUCACAGCUAGACUAAAAUUAGAAGGGAAAUACAGCCUCUUGUUAUAGAUCUUGCAGACCACAGCCUCACUUCACUGAUCAGCAGUGGAGAUGGGGUUGCUGUCUGGACAGCUUUUUUAGCUUUUGCUAAAUUUCUGAACAGCCAUCUCAGUUCCUGGGAUGCAGUAUGUCUUGGGAUAAGCACAUUGCCCUGGUGGGAAUUUGGGAAAAAUUAAGAAGUUUCCUCCACAGUUGCGCAUUCUGCUUUAUAUUAUGCCUUUGCUGCAACAUCUGGUGCUUGGUUGCUGUCAAAUCCAAACUGCUGGAUGGAUAGCUGCUGUCCCAAACCAGUGUGGGAAUUGCCUUCUAAGUGGCAAAGAGAGAGAGAGAGAAAGGGAGGAUUCUGCUUCUCUCAUCAGUUUUAACUGGGGGGCUGGGAGUUGAAAAGCCACUGACCGGGACUUCAGCUGUUGUGCAAAUUUCUCAAGUCCCCUAAUAUCAGACAGCAUCUUAUUUUGCUCACCUGUAUUUACAGUAAAACUUAAGGCACUUGGGGAAGGAAAAGGCAGGAAACAGGUGGCCUCUAGAUUUAGGUAUUUUAAUUGUAUAAGAUGUUUAAACUACAGACCAGUAUGGUCUCGGCAGGUGUUCUUUAUAACAAGAUGUAUUAUGAACCCCUGAACUCUGUCCAUUAUUCAGGCAUUUGUUAAUACAUAGCAGAAUUUAAAUGAAGCCCCAGUGAGACUCAAUCAUUUUAGGAGGUUGCAUUUUCAGUCACUGUCAGGCAUGUAUUAAUGAUUCCUACUCUUUUCUAAAUAGAAAUAUGAAUUCAGAAGUACUUUCUACCCCUCAGCUUCAUUAUUCUCCUUUGAAAUGGGUAUAUUCACAUGGCCUUUUGUAUUUUUUUCUAACUCUUACUGCAUAUUGUGUUUGCUUUUUUGAUAUGCUUGUCAAGACAUCUUAACUGUGAAAGCUCAAAAUUGAAUUUAGUCAUUUAUUUCUGUGUUGAAAUUAAAGAAACAAGUGCUUUACUGCAAAUCUCCACUACACUGGGCUGGGCUUUCUCUUUGUUCCUUUUGUUUUUGUUAAUGCUAUUCCAUCCUUAACAAAGAGGGCUUUUUUCACUAUGAUGUCUAAACUUUGUCCAGCACUUUCUCCUUAAUGUCGCUGCAUACUAGUAGUGCUGCCAUAUUUCACAGCUUUAGAAGUUCACAACAAACCUUUCUUCAUCAGUUUCUGUAAGAUGGUAAAGAAAAGGUCUCAAGCUUACAGCGAGCUGAAUCAACACCUUUUGAUUCAGUGCACUCAAUUACUUACAAGAUGAGGCCAGAAUAGAGCAAGUACUUCCCUUGGAUGUUGUUUAGAGUGUUAGGGUAAACUCAGCUGCAGUUUUAGAGACUUUUCACUAUGCUAGUCCAUGCACAAAUGUGAUUUUCAAAUGUCCAAAAUAAAUACAGAUUAGGCUCUCAGCAAAACUCCUUGAAGAUUAUUUAUAAAGGUGAAUUCUAAAAAAAAUCUCCUAAUGUUUGCCACAUAAGCACAUUAAUCAUUUCGCUUAUUGUGACCUGUUGGCUGUAUUGGUUUGUAUGUUAUCCAUAAAAAAAACUGGCAAAAUGUUUCACUGCAUCUCAGUUAAGUUACUGCAAAUUCUGUAGUAACGUGCUGUAAUGUUGGUAAAAUCAUGUUCGUGGAGUUGUCUGUUCAGAGAAUAACCAAGAGGCUGUGCUGUGGUCAUAACUUUCCUGGAAGUACCAGUGAUUGAAUUCUGAGUGCAAGUGAAAGUUGCUGAUGAAGUAGUUCUCCAUAUGCAUUUGAUGACAAAUGGGGAAAUAACAUGACUUCUCAGAUACUUUCUAAUUAAUAUUCUUUUGAAAAGAAUUGCAGCCCCAAAUCCUUCCAGAGAAGAGUCCUCAAUGUUCCUGUUUUAUGUAUGAGGUAGAAAUGGCAUAGGUUAUGGGGCAUCAGCAUAUUGUAAAAGGUUGUAUGUCUGCUCUUUCUGUUACUGAAUUGCAGUUCUCAAGACUUUCUUGCCAAAGUAAUUGGUUGUAUUUGGUUUCUUCCCUGUCAAAGACCUUUAUGUGGAAGAAGCUGUGAAUAUUCUCAGCAAUCUUAGUCAUGACAACUAGAUGUUAGCCUUCAGCAAGGUUUUCAUGUUUCACUUUCUGCCCAGUUCUGAGUUGCAACUACAAGGAUGGCUUAAAUUCAGUGUCUUGAAUGAUUGCACAAAGGCUUCCUUUAGUAGGCUGGUAUGAAACUAGACCAUUUCAUUUCUUCAGUUUAAAGGAAAAAUCUCACAACAUAUCCUUGCUAGCAGUUACCUAAGUAAUUAUCAUUAAUACUGUCCAUUGUUCUGCAAAAAUGCAUCAUAAAAUAGGCAGCUAAGCUUUUUGUAUCAGGAGAUUACCAGAGACUGAGAGGAUCAUGGAGGAACUUGAACAUGUUCUGUAGGCCACAGCAGUGAAAUAUUCCAUACUGUCAUCUGGGAAUGUCAAAGUUUUUCAUGGACGUGUAAAGCAGUGUUGAUGGCAGCUCAAUCCAAGUUAGUAGCUGUCUCCAAAUUUCCCCAGGAACAUUUCUUAGGAUUCAGCUACAUAGAUGUUCCUACCUCUUCUUCGGGUAACUCACUCUCAGGCCCCACUAAAGACAUCCCUACUCCUUGCACAGAAGGACUCACAGAGAUCUGCAAUUUCUACUGAGUUCUGAGGUUGAGACUCAAAAGAUCACACUCAAGGAAGCUUUCUUAGCAGCUUUCUAUAACAUUGCCAAAUCAUGCCUAAAGGGGUGGUGCAAAGCUGUGAUCCUUUCAGUCACCCAUGCUUAUCAUUGCUCGCCAAAAUGCUCUGCAUGGAUGAACUGUCUCACGAGCUGAAGAUAGAUUGUCCCCAGCCCUCCCAGGUGAGUGGAAUGACAGUACCCCGGGAUCAGCAGCCCUAGGUAGACAUUCAGGUAAAGGUGCAAAAAACACGUGAAAUUAGUGUCACUUCUGGCUGAAGUAUGUAAUAUCCAACCUGCAGUGAAACAGUUCCUUUUCUACUUGCACACAGUUGGCCUAGCAAUGCUGAGAGUUAGUUAUAGGCCAGUUAGAAAAACCUAAUUAAAGCAAAUAAACUAAAGUCAAUUCUAUGAAAUAUCUUCAUCCAAGCCCAAUCUAGAUACAAAGGUAGCCAUUAUCAUCCUCUAGGGCCUCUCUGCCACUUUUGAUGCUAUUGACUGUGUGUUAUUGAUGUCUCACUUGUGCAAGGAGCAGGGUUUCAGGGCGAGGUGCUCUGGCUGUCAGUGAAGUGGAUAACAUCAGAGGGAGUCAAACUGCUGCUCUGCUGAUGUUGCUUUCCUUUCAGAGUUGCAGGUGCCAGCUGUGGUCUGAUUGAAAACCAACAUGCAGCCACUUGGUGGAUUGACAAGGUUGCCCAGGCUUCAUUAAAUUAUCUCCAAGUGCUUCAUUCUUAAGUAACAUUGAAACAGCUUGUAUCUCAAUGAAGGCUGGACAGUGGCAACGCUGCAGGCAAAGGAAGGACUCUGAGGCUCCAAAGCUAAGGUGUGGCCUCCUUUGAAGUACACAUCAAAUCAGUCAUUUACUUUGAGAUCUGGGAGCGCUUCUGGAUGCUCUAUGGACAGAAAAGUCUUGCACAUAGCUUUAUUCUUUCUUCAAGAUGGUUUGGAGACCGUUUCCCACCAUGGAGAUGAUGUCCUGGACUCAGCUAGCCUCCAAGUUGUAUCUUGACAAGUGAUGUAUAAGAUUUCUCAUCAGUAAGUCAUGAGUUGGAAAUGCCAUUGCUGCUGUUGAAUGCUGUGGCAUUAUUUUGAGCAAAUCUGACUAACUUCAAGCUGCUGCCCAAGCUUUCUGUUGGGAGGGUUAUCAAGAUCGGUUUCUUUAAGUCCUCAGUAUGUAUGUAAAGCUUGAGAACAGAGAACAAGGUAGGUGCUUUUCUACUUCUGGAAUUGCAUUGUUUUUUUACCAUAAGGUGAAGUGAGUGGUACAGAAAGCUAACUUUGCGUAUGGCCGAUCCAUACGUUGUAGGUGAUCUGUGGGGCAUGCUCAUCUGUUUCCUAAUGGCUAUCACAGGUCUGUCAGCAACACAGUGCAGGUUGGCAUCCAAAAACCUAGCUGAGAGAGGAACAAACUGUUUGAUGCCACUGGGGCUUGGAUCAGCAGUGGCACACUCAGCCCUGCUUUGACACACAGGAGAGCAGCUGGGCCUCACAGGAACCUCUGAAUCACACAGGCCACCCACCUAUUUAGCUGUUGUCCCCGUGGUGCCUAGCUAGAGCUCAGUUAGUUGUGUGCAGGUUGCAAAAGGUGGAACAGCACUGGGAGACCACUCACAGUACCCAAGGCUGAAUGCUGACUGCUGAAGGGUAUUUCACAGUAUAAAGUAAUUAGUAGUGAAUGGUAAGAUUCCUCUGCUCUAGAAGCCUCAGUUUGCACACUGGCUCAAUUUCUAAUUCUGACUCGAGCUGCUUUCAUCCUAUUUAUAGCACAAUUCUUCAGAAAGAUCAGGAGAACAACUUUCAAAGACAACAUAUCAGCGUUGUGGGAAACCACCAAAAAGAGGAGAAACAUUUUAACAUAUUUGCAAAGGCUUAGUCACUCCUGUUUGUCCUGCAGGCAGGACUGUGUCAUAGUCCUAUAACCGAAUGCCCUGUGAGAUGACAAGGGCUUCAAAAUGCUUCUCAAAUAUUCUGAACAUGCAACCUGAACACUCAACAUUUUCCUUGUUCUGAGAAAUUUAGAGCUUAGAACAUCUGAAAAUCCCCAGAAUGCAGUCCUUCCAUCUAUAAUUUCAAUUAAAUGUAACCCAAUUAGUGUUCACUGCUUAAUUUCCUGAUUGCUUUCUGAUAAGCAGGAACAUUUCCCUAAACAUUGCUCAGAAGUUUCCAACCUAUUAUUUCUGUAACUUCUGUCAGCGAUUCUUGGGUAAUUAAAAAGAUGGGCCUGAACAUAAAAGAAAUCCAAGGGCCUUCAGAUAUUUGGAACAUGCAGACUUUAUUCUGAACUUGAAAUACCCAAACUGUUCCACUUCAAUGCUAUGUUUUUCAA